AUUAUAAUAAAUAUAGUUUUAUAUUUUGCUAGACAAUUAUUGUGUCAAAGUACCGUUAUUAUAUCUCAUUAAUUAAAUCCACUUAACAAUUGAGUGGAAAUUAUUAAACUCAUUUUUUUUUAUAGUUAAACAAAGUAUAUUUAAAUAAUAUAUUUUUUUUCUCGUAAACACAUUUUUUUAUUGUCAAAUCAUUAAGUUAACCUCAAGAUUAAAUGGUGAAAAUGAAUCAUAGUGAUGAAGAAAAGAUAAAACAGUAUUUAAAUAAGUAUCAAAAUCCAGUAGUGACACGAAGAGAAGUUAUAAAUGUUUUAAAAGAAUACAAAGGUUUACAACCCGCUAGUGAACGUUUUGUUUUCAAUGAUGGAUCUUGCCAAGAUUUAUUUAAUUUACAAGGAACAAUACCAGUAAAUUAUAAAGGCAAUGUAUAUAACAUUCCAAUAUGCAUAUGGCUAAUGGAUACUCAUCCAAAUAAUGCUCCAAUGUGUUAUGUCAGACCAACAGCAGAUAUGACAAUUAAAGUCAGUAUGUAUGUAGAUCAUAAUGGGAAAAUUUAUCUACCGUAUUUACACGAUUGGGUACCUCAUUCUUCUGAUUUAUUAAGUUUGAUACAAAUUAUGAUUGUAACUUUUGGCGAAAAUCCACCAGUAUUUGCCAAGCGAUAUCCAAAUACUCAAACAACAACUCCUUAUCCUACACAGCCUUUUAUGCCAGUUCCCGGAUCUGCAUCUAAUUCAGCAAGUGGUUCAUUUCCACCAUAUCCCACAAACUCUCAGUAUUCUGGUGGCAGUUCUGGAUACACUCCAUAUCCACCAGCAAGUGGAUCAGGAUUUAGUGGUUAUCCAGGAUUUCCUUCGAUGCCUGGAAUUCCGUCAUCAUCGUAUCCAACUCCAGGAUAUCCGAGUUCAUUCCCAACUCCAUAUCUGCCCGCAAAUCAACCCUCACCACCAGUAGGAGGGGCAAUGACUAGCGGUAAUUCAGAUACGAUUACUGAAGAGCAUAUAAGAGCAUCAUUAGUAUCUGCUGUUGGUGAUCAACUUCGUCGUCGGCUUUGUGAACAAUUUUCGCAACUUCAAGCUGAGCUUGAGACAUUACGUCGUACACAACAAGAAUUAAUGAGUGGAUCAUCACGACUUAAUGAAAUAUUUAAUAAAUUACAGAAAGAAAAACAAGAACUAGAGAAAAAUAUAAGUAUUCUUCAGGACAAAGAAAGUGAAUUGGAGAAAGAAAUCGAAAAAUUGUCGGACAAUCAAUCUAUUGAUGUUGAUGAGGCUGUUACAACUAUUGCACCUUUAUAUAAGCAAAUGCUCAAUGCCUUUGCUGAAGAGGCUGCAACUGAAGAUGCAAUUUAUUAUCUUGGUGAAGGUCUUCGACAAGGUUCGAUAGAUUUAGAUGUGUUUUUAAAGCAUGUGCGACAGCUAUCUCGGAGACAAUUUAUGCUUCGAGCAUUGAUGUUACGUUGCCGACAAAAAGCUGGGUUAGCUGGUUGAUCCGCAAAAUAUUAUUAUAUAAAUAUUACUGAAACAAACUCGCUUUAAAAUUACACUUAAUAUUUUAUUUUAUUAUCAGAAAAUAUGUAUUUAGCUAAAAAAAGUAUAUUAAAAUAAAACGUAAAAUUAUAAAGAUUAUAAUCAAUGUACGUGUCCAAUAAAUACAGAAUAAAAAGUUAUAAUACAAUUAAUCAUGGUAUGAUUACGUUUAUUUCUGUGUAUUAAAAGUAAGAAAAGAAUAUAUUUUAUUGCAUUUUAUUUUUAUAUAGUAGUGAUGGAAUUUUAAAACAGCAGUAUUUCAGAAAAAAAAAAAACAUUUGUCAUUGAAUAAAGUU